AUGAAAGCAAGUCUUCUAAUGAUAGCUGUCCUGGAGUACGUGUUUGCUGACGUGUCCCUAUUUUCUCCAGCAAGUAUUCCGGAAGAUCCAGAAAGUUCAGUGCCUAGACUUUGGAGCCUGGAAAUAAAAGACAAGACAUUACCCGAAGAUGUUAACACAGACUUCGAACCACCACAGCCCUGGACCAUGAAGCCCGUUGGAAAAUUCAGUAAUGAUAGUUUGAAGAAUAGCAUCAGGAUCAGGGUUCCCAAUGACUUCUUUGCAAACAACGGACGAGAAGUAAUUUACGCUUGUGGAACUAUAAUUUCGUUUAGAUUAUUCUACCUGAAGAGCCUUGAAGAUCCUACCUCUGUGUUCACUUAUCAUUCGAACAGUACGAAGAUUGCUGAUGAUUAUGAGCUCUGGGAAGUAGAUACAUCGAAAAGGCUUAUAGGGUAUGAAUAUUCGAAGUCAGUCGAGUAUGAGUUCUCUAUUCGACCGGCGAAUAGUACUGAUUUGCAGAAUUGA